AUGGCAAGUACAACACCACAGCAAAAAGGACUGAUCCACACGGCUGCGUGUCUGGUUAUCGGAGAUGAAGUGCUUGGUGGCAAGGCGUACUUCGCCAAGUGGUGCUUCUCUUUGGGAAUCAAUCUUCGCCGUGUCGAGGUCAUCGCCGACGAUGAAGCAGAAAUCGUUGAAGCUGUCCAACGCAUGUCCAACAACUAUGACUUCGUUGUCACGAGUGGAGGCAUUGGCCCAACACACGACGACAUUACCUACCAAUCAAUAGCUAAGGCCUUUGGCCUGCAGUUGAAGCUGCAUGACGCAGCUUAUGAGCGUAUGAAGCGCCUUUCCAAGCCACACAAGUCACAGCCAAACUUUGACUGGAAUGUGCCUUCAGCCGCACUUACAGCCAAGAAGCGCAUGGUUGAAUUACCCAUUAAUGAUGCGGUACCUGAUGAGGAUCAGGUUAUCUUUGUCAAUGAGACUUUGUGGGUGCCUGUGAGUUGUGUCAAUGGCAAUGUUCACAUCUUACCCGGCGUUCCCAGGUUGUUCGAAGCUAUGAUCGAUGGUAUGAAGCCUCACAUUGUACCACGUUUGACGGAUCCAGAGGGCAAUGGCGUGCUGCGUGUUCUCAUCUCGACGCCUCUGGCCGAAAGUGCUGUCGCUGGGUACUUGACGGAGCUGGCAGCCAAGACAGAACCAAGAGGUGUCAAGGUGGGCAGCUACCCCCGAUGGGGCAAAGACCACAAUACGGUGACACUCGUUGGUCGCGAUGUUGAGUUCAUCGAGAGCCUGGUUCCAGAGGUUGAGAAGAACGUGGAUGGCAAGCGUGUGGAAGUUGAAGGCCAGGACGAUGGUAACACAUCAGACAAGGACACAUAG